AUUUAUAGAGCAAAAUUCGUUGACAAACCCAAUAACAAUUGUACAUCAAAAUUUUUACAUCAUCUUCAUCGUCCACACUUGAGCGCCAAGAUUGUGUAACUUUAUUUAUAUUUUACGAGGCAUUUUCCCUCGCAUUUUCCUUGUGGGACUGACUUGAGGAGACACAGUUUGAGAACCUUGUCAUGCCUGAGAAAUUCGGACUAAUAUAACAAAAGGCGAAGAGGUAAAAAAAACGUUGUUGAAAAGACAAUUAGAAAGACACUUUGACGGGAGAUUCUUCUAUUUUCUCUGUGAUUUUCUGGCACUUUUCCCACCCACGAGGUAUUAAUUUUUAAACUAGAGGCAUAAAUUGACGCAAUUGAACACAAAACAAGGGAAUUUACCGAAUGAAUGCGUGAAAGAUCUUGAGGGAAAACUUUCCGUUUAUUGAAUUCUUGGCGGGAAACGCCGAUUAAGCACGAUAAGAGGAGAUUUUCGGGAAAAGUAGCGAGAAUUGAGAGUGGUGGGAAAGAGUAUAUAAAUAUAGAAUCCUCAAGCAUUUGGCUUUUCAGUAAGACUUCGUCUUCCGCACGGUGAUUGUAGCAUAACCUUCGAUGAUGGAGCCAGAAUUUGAAGUGCUCCGCAGUGACACGUUGGGGCGCUACGGUGUGGCGAAGAGGGAUCUCAAGGCUGGCGAAGUUCUGCACACUGAGCUACCCUUCGUCGUGGGCCCGAAGCAAGACACCGCCGUCGCGUGUUUGGGCUGUAAUGUGUAUCUGGACGGCACAUCGGCCGGCCCCAGAUGUUCCCAGUGUGGCUGGCCUCUCUGUCCGGACUGUGAGAAUUCCGAUGCGCCGCUGCAUCGCACAGAGUGCCGACUCUUCACACAGAAUCACGUCAAAUUCCAGAAUCUGCCGAAGGAGGCGAUGAUUUGCCUCCAGUUGGACUGCAUCACGCCGCUGAGGCUUCUUCUGGCCAAGGAGGCGGAUCCAGAGCGAUGGGAGCAGGAGUUGAGCCAAAUGGAGUACCACGAGGUGGCCAGGAGGCAAACACCAGCGUGGAAGGUCGAUCAGGUCAACAUUGUGCAGUACCUUCGAGGCCCUUGCAAGCUCUCUCGCUUCCCAGAAGCUCUUAUCCAGCAAGUGUGUGGCAUUCUGGAAGUCAACUCCUUCGAAGCUCACACUCUCAGUGGGAAUCCUGUGCGAUGCAUCUUCCCGAAGUUGGCCAUCUUUGCACAUUCCUGCGUGCCGAAUCUCACGCAUAGCAUUUCCCUGGACGGCGACUUCCGAAUGGUGUGUAGGGCGGCAGUGGACAUCCCACAGGGCGGUAUGCUCUUCACCACGUACACGUACACGCUAACGGGGACCAAAGAGCGACAGGUGCAUCUGCAGCGAGGCAAGUUCUUCACUUGCCACUGUUCCAGGUGUCUCGAUCCCACGGAAUUGGGCACUUACUUCAGCUCCAUUAAGUGCCGCUCUUGUCCAGGCGGAUUUCAACUCUCCACAGAUCCACUGGAUGAGACAUCCGAUUGGAAGUGUAACUCCUGCGAUGCUUCCACGCCAGGAUCGAAGAUCCACGACACGGUUGACAAAAUUCAAGAGUCUGUGGAUGUGUUGAAGAACAAACCCGCCUCCAGGACGAAACUCAUCGAGACAGAGAAGCUCUUCAAGCACUUGAUGAACACUCUUCAUCCCAAUCACUUCCUCCAGAUCAGUCUCCGGGAGAUGCUGAUCGAGAUGCUGGGCCACGUGGAGGGUUGCGGUCUCAAUGGAUUGCCAGAAGUUUUGCUGCAGCACAAAAUCCAACUCAUCAGAGACGUUCUCGCCAUCCUGAACGCCUUCGAACCAGGCAUGACGCGUGUGCGCGCGAUGAUGCUGUUUGAACUCCACGCUCCACUCGCCGUUCUGGCCAAGAAGCUCUUCUUCGGCGGCAAAAUCCCAGCUCGUGUCUUUCGGGAGAAACUCCAGGAAAUCGCCGAUGUCGUCUCUGAGGCUUACGAAACACUCAAAUGGGAGGAUUGUCGACUCUCCGAGGGACUCUUGGCCACCAUCUGCCAGAACACCCACAAUCAGCUGCUGAACGAUAUUGCGGACAUCAAGGAUGUGUGA